AUGCCUCACAAUGGUUCGGGGAACGGCUCGACCCCGAUUCUACAACGCGUUGGACUCGCUGGUGCUGCAGCUCGCUUUGCUCAACGGACCUAUGCCGCCGACUACAUCGCAUUGGGAUUUCUGGUGGUAGGAUGGGUACUAAUCCAAUUAUUCGUGAACCCGUUCCAUCGCAUGUUUUCGCUCGAUAACAAAUCCAUUCAGUACCCGUUCGCCGUCCACGAACGAGUUCCUGUUAAUAAUAGUGUGGUCGGUCAUCUUCGCUGGUCUGAUUCCUUUCCUGGUUAUUCUCGCUUGGUCCGCAAUGUUUCGCGCCGGUGUGCAAAAGACCCAAGUGACAGUACUUGGGCUAUUCGUGGCUUUGAUGUUGACAUCGUUCGUAACGGACAUAAUCAAAAAUGCGGCGGGGAGACCACGUCCGGACUUGUUAUCGCGCUGCAAGCCCUCCCGAGGUACAUCGAACAAUGCGCUGGUCGCAUGGACCGUCUGCACAGAAUCCAACCAACACAUUUUACAAGAGGGGUGGAGGAGCUUCCCUAG